AUGUCUGAUGAGUCAGAGAUACCCAAAGAUUUCCGCAAGGACACUGUGGAGGCCAUCAAGAAGCAAGGUCUCACAAUCAAGUCCCUGCAAGGACUCAGUGACAGCGAUUGGAAAGAACUGAUCCCACCCAUGGGCCCUCGGGCAAUUCCGGUGCUGCAGGAGGAGGUGGUGGCCAAGCGCCUCCAGGACACUCCGUUCACAGACAGACAAGUCGAGCUCUGCUUCAUGGCAACGGAAUGCAUGAGGGUUAUAUCGACUCAAGGGGUGCCACUUGGUUCGAUGAACAACAUCAAGCUUCCAAUCAUAUCUACGUCACAGAUGUGGGGUUCAGGUAAGACAUCAAUCGGCCAGCACUUUAUUCAUGCCAUGAAGAGCCGACCCGAUUUGUGUGGUAUGGUCCUUGCCCACUUUGACAAGAACCCCAAUCAGUGGCCACAACCUCAUUCUAUGAAACCUGCUGAGGCACUCAAACGUCUCACAUCACUGGUGUCAAUCACUCUCGACCUCCGAGCCAUCACGGUCCAGUCAAAUUCGUCCAAAGACAUUGCACAAACAUGGUCACUUGCAGUUGCCGACGCGUUGUUCAGAGUAUAUCACAGGUUGGUCGGUAACACAACUCGCCCUUUGCCGUCUGACCAAGCGAGCAUCAUCAUCAAUUCGCUGGAGCGUGCAAACGAUUUCUUCUUCCAUUUCGAUGAGAUAGACAAUCUCAUUGCAAACAGCCACUCAGACGAGGACUCAAUCAGCAUCCUCUACAAGUUUUGGGAACAUGUCCUCCAGCCAUUGGUUAUAAUGGGAGCUCCUGUCUAUAUCUCUGGGCGAUCGUCAGUGCUAUUGCUUCUCAAUCAGCAUCUCUUUCCAGAUGAUAUCUCUCCAACUCGAACAUACGUUACACAGAUUCUCCUUCAUUAG